UUACGGAGGAAUAUUCCUAUUCGAUCUGACAUGGGUUGUACUACUACCGACUUGUAAGUUGUAACGGAGAAUUACACUUAUGCUUGCAUGAUACCCCUACCUUGUUCUUCCUGAGAAUGCCUACGCCCUUCACAAACCAGCGGACAUAUUAAAACUUUCUGGCUUGAGACGUGGCUCAAGUGACAUCCAGAGUAAUAUGGAGUUAGACGAGUCGCGUAUCGCACAGCCCCGGCCGAUUCAUAUCUUGUUCAUCGGUGCCGGGGCGGUGGGAUGCUUUUAUGGCUCCAGGUUACAUAGGCCAGAAGCAAACGUGUUUGUCUCCCUAGUAUGUCGAUCGAAUUAUGACACCAUCGCCCGCGACGGCGUCCAGCUCAAAACACACACAUUCGGCGAUUACCAAUUCUCCCCCCGUGCGGUUUAUCCAUCGAUCCAAGCGGCAGCCGAAGCGGACAAUGCACCCAACCAAGGAUGGGAUUAUGUGGUCGUGACCACCAAAGCGCUUCCCGAUGUAACUGAUGACUCCAAAGAUAUUGAGCCGAUCAUCAAGCAGGCUCCCGAAGGUCGUUCGUGUAUUGUUCUCAUUCAAAACGGCGUCGGCAUCGAAGAGCCGCAUCGGAAGCGCUUCCCCAAGAACCCGAUCGUCACCGCAGUCACCAUCGUCAGCGCCGAGCAGAUCAGUCAUGGCGUGGUUAAACAAAAUCGAUGGACAAGGAUAAGCAUGGGACCAUACUCGGAUGGACUCGGUGGGACGACUCCCGCUACCAAAACCUUGGUUGAGCGCGCGACGCGGAGCACGAAACAGCUGGUGAAACUAUUCACUGAGCAUGGCAAGCUUCGAGACGCCGAGGAGUACGAUGAAGUGGGCAUUCUUCUCGUGCGAUGGCAUAAGAUCUGUAUCAAUGCUGCCAUGAAUCCUUCUGCCGUCCUGGCGGGAGGUGUAGGCAAUGCGGACAUGGUGACGGAUACCGAACUUCGGACUCACUUGCGGGGCUGUAUGGAGGAGGUCUUCGAAGCGGCGCCAGCGAUUCUAGGACGCGAGUUUCCCGCCAAGCUGGCCAAGCCCGAGCAAAUCCUCAAAAGCACCGAGAGAAAUACAGGCGGGAAGCCAAGCAUGCUCGUCGAUUGGGAACACGGGCGACCGAUGGAAUUGGAGGUCAUUCUUGGAAAUCCGGUUCGGAUCGCACGGAGACAUGGGGUGGAUCUGAUGCGGCUCCAGAGCCUCUAUGCACUUUUGAGAUCUGCUCAAAGGCUCCGUGAUGAAAGGAAGAAGCAAGAAGUAGUACAUGAGCCCAAGAAGAAGGAACCGGAAGCUGUGAAAGCGCCAGAACCAGAGGUUGUGGUUGCUGAGAAGCCGAUUGAGGUGGCUGAGAAGCCUGUUGAAGGAGCGGAGAAGCCUCUUGAGGGGGCCGAGAAGACGUUUGAAGAGGCUCCGGUUCCAUCGAAAUUAUAAUCCAUUCAUUUUGUAGCGG